CUUCACGACAGUCAUGCGAGGGCCUGUCUAAUUUGUGGUUCUACUCUGUUAUUUGUUCAUGUGGUUUAAUUUUGAAAAUUGAGAGCAAGUCUGAAAAAAUUCUACAGUAAUUUUGGCUGAAAUAAUAUUUAAAUGGAGAUCGAAAUGUUAAAAGUAGAAUUUGAUGAAGAUGAGAUCAAAGAAUCAUUUAAUUAUAAUGCUCAGUACGUAGAUGAUGAAAGGUUACCUUAUAAAUCAAAUAUUGAAGCUGUUGAACAAUUUCUAGAAGGAAAUGAGGAAUCUGAUGAGACCAUGGAAACUUCAGAAAAGUAUCAUUAUCAGGUAUCUGAUUUGAAAUCAAAUGAGACUCCCAAGGAGAUCAAUCCAAAGAAAUAUAAGUGCGACUUUUGUGAUUUUGCAUCAGCCCGAAAUGUGAACCUUAAAACGCAUAUAGAUUCAGUUCACUUGAAGAUAAGGCAAUAUGAGUGCCAACUAUGUGAUUAUGCUGCAGCUGAAAAGGGCACCCUAAAAUCUCAUGUUGAAUCAAUUCAUUUAAAUUUGAAGAAACAUAAGUGUCACUUAUGCGAUUUUGCUUCAGCCCUAAAUAUGAACCUUAAAAAGCAUAUAAAUUCAGUUCAUUUGAAUAUAAAACAGCAUAAGUGUCAGCUCUGUGAUUAUUCUUCAAUUCAGCAGAGAAACCUUGAAGAGCAUAUAGAAUCAGUUCAUUUGAAUUUGAAGAAAUAUGCAUGUCCGAACUGUGAUUAUGCCACAGCGUAUGAAGGAGGCUUAAGACGACAUAUGAAUUCGGCUCAUUUGAAUUUGAAGAAUCAUAAAUGUCAUCUAUGUGAUUAUGCUUCAGAUCGAAAAGGACGACUUCAAGACCAUAUAGAUUCGGUGCAUUCAAAUAUAAAGAAACAUAAGUGCCACUUGUGUGACUAUGCAGCCGUUCGUAAGGCAUCCCUUAAAGCACAUAUAAAAUUUGUUCAUUUAAAUAUAAAAAAACAUAAAUGCCACUUAUGUGACUAUGCCAGUUCUCGUAAGGCAGACCUCAAAGCUCAUAUAGAAUCUGUACAUUUAAACAUAAAGAAACACAAAUGUCAUUUAUGCGAGUAUACUUCUAAUCAGAAAAUAAAUAUCAAAUCUCAUUUGAAAUCUGUUCAUUUGGAAAUUAAAUAACAUUAAGGUUACCCAUGUUGUCAAAUGAAUUGUAAAAAUCUAAUAAAGCUACAUUGUGAUGAA